AAAACUCUAAUAAAACCUCUGCGGACGUCUCUUCGUCCACAGGGAGAGCGGGAGGCAGGGGGAGAGGGAGGGAUCCGAACGCAGAUGAAGGAGAAACCGAAGUCCUGAAUCUCUCUUAUUUGGCUUUCUCGGACUCCGAGAAACUCCAUGGAACCAAGCCCCUCAGCUGCUCUCUGAAUCCAGCAACUGGGAUGCCUCAAUCUCAACCUUCCGUCAUCCUAGCCACAGCGGGUUACGACCACACGAUCAGGUUCUGGGAGGCGCGUAGCGGUCGCUGCUACCGAACCCUUCAAUACCCAGAUUCUCAAGUCAACCGCUUGGAGAUCACUCCCGAUAAACAACGUAUAGCUGCGGCGGGCAACCCUCAUAUUAAGUUGUUCGAUGUCAACUCCAACAGCCCUCAACCGGUGCUUACCUAUGAUUCCCACACUAAUAAUGUCAUGGCCGUUGGAUUCCAAUGUGAGGGAAACUGGAUGUAUUCUGGUUCUGAAGAUGGUACCGUAAAGAUUUGGGAUUUGAGGGCACCUGGUUGCCAGAGGGAAUAUGAAAGCCGGGCUGCUGUUAACACAGUUGUGCUGCAUCCAAACCAGACAGAAUUGAUAUCUGGAGAUCAAAAUGGGAAUAUACGUGUAUGGGAUUUAACUGCAAAUUCAUGUAGCUGCGAAUUGGUUCCAGAGGUCGAUACAGCUGUAAGAUCAUUGACUGUCAUGUGGGAUGGGAGUUUAGUUGUAGCAGCAAACAACCAUGGCACAUGUUAUGUGUGGCGCUUGUUGCGUGGAACACAGACAAUGACUAAUUUUGAGCCGUUACACAAGCUACAAGCACAUAGUGGUUAUAUCUUAAAGUGUUUACUGUCACCUGAAUUCUGUGAGCCUAACAGGUAUUUGGCCACAACGUCAUCUGAUCAGACGGUUAAGAUAUGGAAUGUUGAUGGUUUUACUCUGGAGCGAACUUUAACAGGACAUCAACGUUGGGUGUGGGACUGUGUCUUCUCAGUCGACGGUGCUUACUUAAUUACGGCUUCUUCAGAUACAACUGCAAGGUUGUGGAACAUGGCAACUGGUGAGGCUAUCAGAGUUUACCAAGGGCACCACAAAGCAGCUGUUUGCUGUGCACUCCAUGAUGGUACGGAAACGUCUCCAUCCUGAAUCAGCAGGUCAUUCAUUGUCAGAACUACUUAGUUGAUGUCUCUUCCUAAUCAGGUGGCUUAGCUGCCACUCCACAGUUACAGACAUCUUGUAUGGAGCAGAAACAGUAAUAAGCUAGUCAGCCCGCCUGGCCUUGCCGGGAAUAAAUCAUUGUAAACAUUUUCAGUCAUUACCAUUUUUGUAAUUUAAAGUUAGUUUGGCUACAUUCUGUUGUUCAUAAUCGAAUUAAAAUUGGAUAGGAAGAUACUGUUCUCAUUGAUUAAA